CUCGUCUGUCAGUUUGUUUUCUCCGCGAAACAUCCAGCGAGGUGUUAUUUGUAGCAGUCCAAUUUGCGAUUCGCGAUUUUUGGCCAUCCGAGAGGCACAAAAGAUAGUCAUUUUUUCCUCGUCCAGUGCGCGAACCAUUUCACUUUUUCCGCGAUACGUGAUCGGAGUUGGUUGUGUGGUGUGGUGAAGUGGAGGAAUCGAAUCAUAUUUUGGACACAUCGCAGCGAGCCACGGAGUGAAAAGUUUCGGCGUAAAAGUAUCAUCAAGGUGAAAAAGAAGAGGAGUUUCCUCGUCGUCGUCGUCGUGAUUCGGAAUACCUGAAAGGAGAAAUUUCCGCACCCCAGUUUGGUGGUUUGGUCACACAGUUUUAUGAGGUGGUUCCCGUGCGUGUGAGAGGUGGGAGACAGUGGAAGAAGAACCGGGCAUUAGGCAGUGAGACACGUCCACAGGAUUACGCGAGUGAAGUGUUUUCGUAUUUGGGAUUCGGGUUCGGGAAGUUCCAGCCUAGAGCACUGACAAACAUCCAAAGGGAACAACGAAAGGAAAGGUGCUUGAAAGCAGCCGUGGAAAAUGUCAGAAAAACCAGCACAGAAGCUGUCGGAAUCGGACGAUUUCACCGAUAAUUCAGUGGAUAAUGCCAACGAUGCAGCCCGAGAAGACACAUCGCAACAGAGCGGAUUAGCCACAGUCGAAUCCGAGUACGACACGGCGUCAGAUUCGCCAUCCGACGGCGAAGAGUACGACGAUCAAGAAGAAGACAGCGAUAGCCAAGAGGAGGAAGAACUGGUCACCGAUGGCGAAGAAGGCGAAGACGACGAAGAAGAUGACGACGGAUCGGACGAUGACGUCAUCGAAGUUUUGGAUAACGAAAGACAGAGCGGUGAUGGCCAGGAGCAGGAAACAGACAGUAAGCGAAAAGUGGACGACGAUGAGGAUCGUAGCAAUCCACAGUACAUUCCCAAGAAGGGAACCUUCUACGAGCACGACGAUCGCACGUUGGAAGAUGAAGAAGAUGGUAAGGCUGGUGACGAGAGCGUGAACAACGAUGAUCCAGCAGGACCAGGUGGUGACCGAAAGGUGGAUAAGAAUGCAGUGUCCAAGGCGACAAAGAAAUGGCAAGCGUCGGCUGAUCGAUGGACGCACGAUCGGUUCGAUGAAAGUGAACAGGCCCCGAAAUCAAGGGCCGAACUGGUUUCAGCCUACGGGUACGACAUCCGCAGUGAAGACGGUCCACCGCGGGCCCGUAGGAGGAGACGUUAUGCGCGAGGUCCAAAUCGAUACACUAGAAAUUGGGAAGAUGAGGACGCAUAUUCAAAAUCCAAUGUGGUAGACCAUAACCGACAGCGAAAGGUUCCAAGGCCAGAGGAAUUCCCAGAGUUGGGUACCAACAACAGUAAAACACGUCAGAAUUCUCGGCGAUCUAGCAAACAAUUGCGCUCGUCCGGCAUUGGAGAACGAGAAGAACUCAUGGCAAGACAGCGACCAGAGAGGAGGACUAGUGAACGCAGUCGUGGUAGUAACGGUAAUCGUAGCAUGGGCGAUCGCGACCGGGAACGAGGAGCUGAAAGAGAUAGGUAUGAGCAGCCUCGAUCAGAUCGUGACAGAAACGACAGGGAGCGAGAACGCAAUUGGGAUAGGGAGCGUGAAUAUGACCAGCAUGGACCAGAUAAUUAUCGGGAUGGUAGAAAUGAUGGUGGUCGCUAUAGUUCUGAAAGGAUGACAAAUAACAACAGCUAUCACAAUAAGGAGAACAAAAUUAGUAAUCGUGGUAGCAAGGAGAAGGAUCGAAGAGGUAGCGAUUAUAAGGUAAUCACAUCGCUACAGUUUAAAAACCAAACUCGAAAUAAAACCAUGGAUGGAAGUGGCAUGCCGAUUACGGGUGGCAGUGGGGGUGUUAACCCAGUUGUACAUAGUAACAGCUCUGGAGCAUUGUCUGGAAGUAGCAACAGCAACAAGAUGAAUAAUACAAUCGAUCGUGCCCAACCUGUACCGGAUCGUAUGUUGGAUCAACGGGCCGUACAACAACACCACUAUCAGAAUCAGCCGCCACAAAUGAUACAACAAGCGCAGCAGCAUCAACAACAACAGCAGGCAAUUCCACAUCAGCAACAGCAGAUGGCUCCACCACAGCCCCAAGUCCAGCAGGCACAACCCCAGCCACAGCAAAUCCAGCAUCACCAGCAAGCGUCUUAUGUGAAUGAUGACCAUUACGAUUCAUACAGUGAUUCUAAGAUGCCGAAAGAUGCAAAGUUCCCAUACAAUCCACCGGCGAAUGCUACUAUUCAAUCUGUCGAAAUUGGCCAGACUGACAUUGCUAAAUACCCGACUCCAGCAGGACAGAGGACCAGCAAAGACCAGCGACAACCAGUGCUGACCUCUACAGCUGCGGUGGCCAUGAACACACGAUCUCAAAUAUCCCCACGGCAAAUAGUCUCCACGCAAGCCAGUCAACUAACAUCAAUUCCAACAACUCAACAAUUAGCACACCAGCAAAUACAGCAGCAGCAAUCGCAGCAGCAACAAUAUCAACUUCAACAGCAGGCCCAAUACCAACAGUUGCAUCCAAUGACUACCCAGUCAGGUCCACCGACAGCAACCCAAGCUCCACAAACACAGGUUCCGCCUCCGCAGCUACAGCAACAACAAGCUCCGUCCCCAUUGACGCAACCACCUGCAGCGCAAAUGCAUAACGUUCAUAUGGGUGCCCCCGUGAGUCAGCAGCAGUUGCUUGCCAACGAUAAUAAUUCCCGAUCGUCGAAACGAUAUUCCAGUACCAGGCAACGAUCCACAUUGGACAAUCCAAACGUUGUUGUAGUUCAAUCACCACUACACGAACAACAGCAAGCACAAUUGUUGCAGCAGCAACAGCAACAACAAUUGCUGCUCCAACAAGAACUGCAACACCAACAACAGAAGCUCACUUCACAAACACCUAAGCAAAACUACCAAAUGAAUCAGCCGACGCUGCCUUUGAACCUGCCGAGCGAUUAUCUGGUUCCGAAUGCAACCCAACCAGCCGCGGUCAGUAAAUCUCAACCAACAGGUCAAUAUCAGCACCCAUCUGCGUACUAUUCAGCAACUACCCCAACCGGAAGCGAAUUUGUAGCCGGUACAGCCACACAACCAGUCCCAGUGCAACAGCAACCCUCAGUCCCAGUGGUACCUCAGCCCCAAAAUCCCCUGCUUUCUGCCAAUCAAUACCAACAAUAUACAGCACCAAGCACGGGUAGCCACCAGUACAUCCAAGCACCACCGCCAGCCGCUUACAUACCCCAGACAACUCCCACUCCACAACCUACUCCCCCAACUGCUCCAGCCGCUCCACCUCCCCAGAUGAUGAACUACGUUCCGACGAUUCCGCCUGCACCCACUCAAUACCCGGCAGCCCCAUAUACCGGUUACCAAAACUUCAACACCGUUGUCCCUCAACCGGUAACGCCAGCAGUCCCCCUCACACCCCCGCAACCGGCAGCUGCUGCCGUAUAUCCCAGUGGAAUCACCUACUACGCCCCUCAGUCUCAAACGCAAACGCCCCGGCCACUGCCAUCGCAGCGGCGUCCGACCAGUGCAAUCCCGAUCUUGGCCCCGCCCGAGCGAAAGUCCAAAAACAAUCGCCCCGGUUCGGACAACAACUCCGGCCCGAACACCAACCUGAACGAAGCUGAGGAAGCCAACGUUUCCGCUGCCGCCGCCGGAGGCAGUGGAACGACGACCAGCACCACCACAGCGGGAGCUGCCAGUGACAUCGAUCACAUCCUGGACAAUAUGUUCGUCCAACGGCCCGUAUUUCAGCCACCGAUCCGGAAGAGCCCUUCACCGGCACCGACAGCCGCCGCAGGGACUGCAGCGACCGGCCCAAGCAACGCUGCCCCAGCCGGAACCGCCGAUACGACAAUGGGGUCCGAUGCGUUGAAAACUGCCGAAAUGGAUUCGCUGGAUAAGAUUGGCGAGUCGGUGAAGAAACUCACCAUACAGGAAGAAAAGCUCCCCCUGGUCGACGCGAGUGGUCCGGAAAAGCUGGAAAUCGCCCCAGCGGUAGCCCCAGUGGAUCCAACAGCCGGUUGACGCUACUAGCCGUCAUCUCCCACAUUGUAAACUCGUACUAAGCGAUCCGCGACGACCAACCUCUAACCGUUUUAUUGCCGUAUCCAUGGUCGCCGCCGUGGCCGAUUGUACCUUUGUGCGUUCGCAUGGAAAUGGCUUUUUUUUCUGAUUGUGUAUAUGCGAGAGAUCAUCUGUCCUCGGACAGCUUUCUAUUAUCGGCUUCGAACGACGACAUCGAUUGUUGUUACUCUAAUGUGUAUGUUAAAGAAAGAUUAAUGGUCCUUACAGCUACAAUCAUAUUCUUCAUUGUUGAGCCUCACGCUAAAACUGCAUCCCGUACAUCUCGCACAUACUCUCUAAUAUCUUACAAAAUAGCAUCAUUUUGAUUUGCACGGAACACUUUUCAGUUAUUUGCAAAAAAAAGGUUUUGUUCUCAACACUAACUUCGACGAUAAUCUUAUCAUGUUUGGAAUGAAUUAUUUAUGAAAAACAGUUAUUUUUGGUUUGAAUCUCCGGAUUAUUAUGUUCAUUUUGCGGUUUAACAGUAACAAAUGUGAGUUAAAACAGAAAAUUAACAAAAAAAAAAAACAUCACUUAGAGUCCUAUUUAACAAAUUGCUAGACGAAGCUUGGCCCGAACAGUUGAAUGGAUAUCAAUAUAAGCCCAUUUCAACGGAUGUUAUAAAUCCGUCACGACAUUUUAUGCAGCCCCAAACUUGUUCAGUUGGGAUUGAUGAAAUGAUAAAAAUUAGUUUUGCUAAAACAUAUAUACCCCAGUUUUUGUUUUGUUUUGCCCCCUUUUUACACCCACUUGGGAUAUCAUUAUGAGAAUGCAUAAUAUAUAUGAAUACUACGUAGUAGACGGUACACUAUUUAGAAGGUCGUAGAACAUAAACCGAUGCGAAGUAUAGCACGAAAAGAAAUAGAAAGUUGAAGUUUGAAACACGCAUACACAUAACAAAAUCAUUCAAACAUCGCGAUCGAGCAACUAAAAUCUACUGAUAGAACUAUGAUUGUAAUGGAAAAAGAGAAAUUUAUGAAUUGUAUUUAUAAUUUACGAUAAGUUGAAAUUCUAUAGAUACUAUGAUGAAAAAGAUAAAAAUAAACAAAAAAAUAAAAUUGAGAACUUGAAA